CGUUGCGGACGCUAUGAGGAACACUAAAGCAUGAUUAAGGCAAAAACAUUGGUGAAAAGACUGGGACAAAACACCUGAAGGUCGUUUUUAUUUUGAAAUAUCUCAUGCUUUUCGCAAAGAUUUCUUCUUGUUCAAAGGGGAUACUUUUUUCUAACCUCUGCGCCUUCGUAAACUACAAAAACUAUUUACAGGAAAAACAGGCAAACAAACAAAACAUUUCGCUCCUGAUUUAUAAUGUAAUUGCGAUCAAAUAUAGGAAAUAAAUGAUUACAUUUUGUAUUAUCUUAAAUAUUGCAGUGUGGUUUUAGAAACCGUGAACAGUGCAUUACCGUCGUUCCAGGAAAUGAAACUUACGCUCGACCAUUACGCUUGACAGCAUCAGUACGAUCAGGUGAGUUACGCGAUAAUUGCGUGAUUGAUUGAGACAUUGUGGUUAUUUGGACAUUUCGUCGUUGUUUAAAGAUGGAGAAGAGUUACACACUCAGUCAGCAUUAUGAGGAAAAAAUUCGUCCUUGCAUCGAUAUUAUUGACAACUUACGGUCAUUGGGAGUCGAGAAGGACCUGGCGCUGCCUGCCAUCGCCGUCAUAGGAGACCAAAGCUCGGGGAAAAGCUCUGUUCUGGAGGCGUUAUCAGGGGUAGCUUUACCCAGAGGCAGUGGCAUUGUCACAAGAUGUCCUCUUGAGCUGAAGAUGGUCAGAUCCAAAGAUGAAGGAUGGCAUGCAAAACUCUGCUACCAAGACUAUGAAGGAGACAUCGAUGACCCAGCGGAUGUGGAGAAUGAGAUUCGUGACGCCCAGGAUGCGAUUGCGGGAACUGGGCUUGGAAUUAGUGCGGAUCUCAUCAGUCUUCAGAUCACCUCUCCAAAUGUUCCUGACCUCACACUCAUUGAUCUGCCCGGUAUCGCACGAGUGGCAGUCAAGGGUCAACCUGAGAAUAUUGGAGAGCAGAUCAAGAGAUUGAUCAAGAAGUUUGUUACAAAGCAAGAAACAAUCAAUCUAGUUGUGGUGCCGUGUAACGUCGACAUCGCGACCACAGAAGCGCUACGGAUGGCACAGGACGAGGACCCAGAAGGCGAGAGGACUUUAGGCAUCCUAACAAAGCCAGACCUGGUGGAUAAAGGCACUGAGCAGACAGUGGUGGACGUGGUACACAAUGAGGUCAUUCAUCUUACUAAAGGCUACAUGAUCGUCAGGUGCAGGGGACAGAAAGAGAUUAUGGAUCACGUCACCCUCAAUGAGGCCACAGUGACCGAAAAAGCCUUCUUUAAGGACCAUCCACAUUUCAGCACACUGUAUAAUGAAGGCUUUGCAACUAUUCCCAAGUUGGCUGAGAAACUAACAAAUGAGUUAGUUCAUCACAUUCAGAAAUCCAUGCCACGGUUAGAAGAACAAAUCGAGACAAAGCUAGCUCAGACACAGAAGGAACUGGAGGCAUAUGGCACCGGACCACCAUCAGACCCUUCAGAACGACUUAGCUUUAUGAUUGAUAAAGUGACAGCUUUCAUUCAGGAUACGUUUAACCUGACCACCGGGGAAGAGGUUAAAUGUAAUUCAGACCUCAUGAUUUUCCAAAAGCUAAGGGAUGAAUUUGCACAAUGGAAAUACUUCUUGGACCGUUCAGGCGAUAAAUUCAACAAGAAGAUUGAGAAAGAAGUUGAUAACUUUGAAGCCAAGUAUCGAGGGAGAGAGCUUCCAGGCUUCAUCAAUUACAAGACCUUUGAGAAGCUGGUCAGAGAACAGAUCAAGACAUUAGAGGAACCUGCAUUAAAGACACUCAAGACCACCUCAGAUGUGGUAAGAAAGAGUUAUAUCCAACUGGCCCAAUACAGCUUCAUCGGAUUCCCUAAUCUUCUUAAAAUAGCAAAGACAAAGAUUGAAGCUAUCAAGCAGGAAAAAGAAUUACUGGCCGAGUCCAUGUUGAGAACUCAAUUCAAGAUGGAGCUCAUUGUUUACAGUCAAGAUGGCACAUACAGUCAAAGCCUCCAACAGACAAAAGAGAAACUGGAGGAGGAGGAAGAAGGGGAAACUUCACCAUGUAAACCUAAAUUUAAUCCUAAAAUUCCAUAUUCGUUUAAUUUUGGAAACCCAGUAAUUGGCUCAAGCAGUCAUGCCACCUUGCGUGAGAUGAAGCUCCACAUCGAGUCCUAUUACUCGAUCGCAAGCAAGCGUCUAGCUGACCAGAUUCCAAUGCUGAUCCGCUACCAGCUUCUCCAAGAGGCUGCAGCCGAGCUGCAGAGAAACAUGUUGCAGUUGCUGCAGCAGAAAGACGCUGUAGAUGAUCUGCUUAAAGAAGACCACGACAUCGGUCAGAAGCGUGAGCAGUUACUUAGCCGCCAGAAACGUCUACUGAGCGCACGCAACCUCCUGAUUGCCUUUUAGAAUGCGGUUAAUAAAGUAAUAUUUCAAUACAUCACAACGGUGUUGGACAAACCUCCUGACAGUUUAACACGUAGUAGUAUAUUGUAACUUGUCAGGUUUCUGAUUACUUGGACAUUUUUCAUAGUUAUUGAAACUUUAAGUGUUUGAUAACCUAGAUAUUUGUUUGUUAAAACAUACAUUGUAAUGCUAUUUAGAUGUUCCAGAAAGUUUUGUUUAUUAUCCAUUCCUAGAACUGCUAAGUAAGGAAUAAAGGUUUUCUAAAUGUC